UUAGAUGCGCCCGCAGUUGUCCCCGGCUCAGUUUUACUUUAGACAAGCUGGAAGCCGAAAGCUGGACAUUUUAACUGACCUUUUUGCUGGACAGUCAGAGCAGAGGACAGACUGGACAUGUCUGUUAUAUUUUUCAGAAGAAUGUGCUCUUGUUAGGAGCUGGUCUGUCUUCUCCAUAUGCUUCCAGAGUCUGACGUGGUUUUAUAGGCUUUCACAACAAUUAUAGUGUUUUAAUGGAACGAAAAGACAUUUUCCGACCGCGCAGGAAGGAGGACAUCCCGGACAGGUGGCAGGACUACACAGCGAUGGGGAAGAGACUGAAAGGAACUCGCUUCAUCGCCUUCAAAGUCCCUCUGAAGCAGGCUUUGAUUAGGACGCUUCCACCCUCUGAGGUGUUUGGUCCCUGGGAGCUGCUGGAUGCUCUGAAGGAGGACAACCAUGAGCUGGGGCUGAUCAUUGACCUGACUUUCACCACACGUUAUUACAAUCUGCAGGACCUUCCUCAGUCACUGCAGUGCGUGAAGAUCUACACAGCUGGCCAUGAGGUUCCCAGUGACCAAACCAUCCUGAGCUUCAAGCGCACCGUCCGCAGGUUCCUCCGAGACAACCAGGAUAACGACAAGCUGAUCGGGGUCCAUUGUACCCAUGGACUGAACCGCACUGGCUACCUGAUCUGCAGGUAUCUGAUCGACGUGGACGGGAUGGACCCGGCCCAGGCAGUGCAGCUAUUCAACUCAUCCCGGGGCUACGCUAUCGAGAGACAGAACUACCUGGAUGACCUUCAGCACGGUCCAAAACGGAGUAAUGCGGGCAUGGAGAAGUGUGAGAAGGAGCCACAGAGAGGCCAGGCCGUCCAGCGGCCGCCUGCCGCAGCUUCCACCAGGAGAGUCUACCGCAACUCCUACAGGUCACAUCGGCAUGAAGGACCGAGUCACCGCUCUCACCCGUACUCCCCUCAACCCGCCCACACACCCCACACCCCAUUACUUCCCCGCCCUCCAUUACUCGCUCAUCUUCCUCUGGCUCCUCCACCAGCCUUGUUCCAGCCCUACAAAUGGGCCCCUCAGCACCCAGCUCAAUGGAGCGCCCCUCACUCAGACACCAGCAGGUUCAGGCACCCCCCUCCACCUGACCCACAGUGGCACCCCUCCUUUGCCUUGCUAGACAGAGGUGGAGCUCUUCCCAACCUUCCACACGACUCCCCCAACUGGACAUCUGUUGCUUAUGGAGACGGUUCAGCUGAGGGCAGGAGUGGGCCAAAUUUAAGGAACCCGGUCAGAACCUCCCAGAGACCCAGCGCUAACAGAUACGAUGGCUAUUAGUUACCAAGACAAAGCAGGUUAAAGGGGACAUAACGUACAAAACCCAUUUUUUAGCACUUAAAUUCAGUUUUUUGGUAAUUUGAGUCUCUAGCAGAGCUGCGUGUUCCUGUUGCAGUCCAGGCUUUCAGACUGUCCUCACUGUUUGAGCUAAACCUAACAUUUAACUCAGUUUGUUCGUUCAGAUUGAUCCUGUCCACAACAGAUCGUCUCACCAAAACUCCCCUAAAAAGUCAAUUCAACUGAAUCAUAAACACAUUCAAAGUCAAGUUCAAUUUAUUUUUCAAACUGGUUCAACAGUUUUCUAAGGAAACCCAGCAGAUUGAUUCCUCCUGGCCCAAAAUGUAGUGACAGCACAAACAGAUUUGCCUUUUUAAAGAAUUCUUUUGACUUUAGUCGAAUUGAUUAUAUUUUUUCGACUAAAGUGGGUUUUUUGACUCUAAUGGUCUUUAUUUUAAAGUGCUCAGCCAGGAAAGUAUAAAUUGAGAGGAAGGGAAGACAUGUAGCAAAGGUCAACAGGCGAGGACCCAGGCCUCCUUAUGUGGGUUGUGCUUCCCCCUUGGACAAUCAUUGCACCCUGUCUCUUGUGGUUUUUAUUAAGAUUUAUUUUGAUUCUACUGGUUUGUAUUUGAAAGGAAGUGGGCAGAGAGAAAGGGGAGAGAUGGGACUUGAACUCAUUGAGGUCUCUGUAUAAUUAGAGCCUGGCAUCCGGCCCACUCUAAACACUGCGCCACACAGCGCCCUGGAAUGUGCCUUUUUUACAGGAAGAAAGCUCCAACAGAACCAGAUCCGAGCUCAGUGUGAAUCUGCUGCAAUCGAGUGGAGGAGGGCCGGCCCAAGCCACCAUUGGGCCCUAAGCAAAAUUUGGUUUUGGGGCCCUCUAGUUCUGCUAAAGAUGUGGACUGGCUGCAAUCAGCAGUCUGAUCAUUAGAUCAUUCAUACACCUGCUAUAAACUUAUUGCAUCUCCGUCAGUGCUGUUUACAUUAUAUACAUAUAUAAUAUAGGACACAUUUAUUGGCCAAUCGAUUUAUCGACCAAUUGAUUUCUGGGUGCCGAUUUCCUUAAUUUUGGGGGAUCGUGAUCUGCUAAUACUUACAUAUGAAGCCCAUCUUAUCCACCAAUUUUAUCAUCAGCAAAGGUUUAAAAAUCAGCCUCUGUCCUCUUCUGCUCUACAGUGAGAGGUUUGACUGACAGACCAGCCCAACAGGUCAAGUCUGCACAUUAACAUGUUUGCAGUUAACGAUAUUCAUCCCACUGUUGCUAACUCAGUGACUUUCUUGCUAUAUUUAGCAACAUUUCAGACAAAACAAAAAUUCAUAUCAGCCAAAAUCAAAAUCGGCAGGUCAGGCUUUUUAAAGAUCAGUAACCAGUGAAGAUUGGCCAGAAAACUGCAAACGGUGCAGCCCUACACAUUUAUUCAUGACAUUCUUUGAUUAAAUACAUUUCUCUUAAGCAUUACUUCAGUAGCUAAAAAUGUAAUUAAUACCAGGUGAGUCCUUGAGAAGUUUUAAUUAUUGUUAUCAAAUGUUAUCAAGCACUGCGUUUUGAUGCCAAAAAUACGUCAGAAAAAUACAAAGCCAACCAUGAGAAUCAACUCAUUAAAAAUGUAAACUGUUUCACACAAACACAAAGACCCUUGCAUACAUGUUUGGCUGUUUAACUGGACCGUUCCAGGUCGCUUUACAAAUCGUUUACAUUACCAAGACACACCCUAAGCGGCUGCUCGGUUUGGUUAUGCCUUGGGCCGGCCCUGGAGUGGAGAUGACGGCAGAGACAUUAGCUGUGUUAAGAGGAGCACAGUUCUGGUACCAGCUGCUGCCUUCACUGGUUUUUGUUUUUCAUCAGAUUUUUUUACUGCAUAUAAAGAUAUCCUUUUUACAACUCUUCCCCUAACUGAUCCAAAUAAAACUUUAUUUCAUUGUAACUUUCAGUUUGGCUUUUUUGUGUUGUUUAAAGCAGUCUUAAAAGUCUGACUUUGGGUGAAAACCAUUUGAGGAUGUUUUUCAAUUUUUGUGCUAACAGAGCCUUAUUUUUCCAAUUAUUGAAUGUGAUCAUCUCAGAUGCACAUUUAUCUGUUUUCCUUAUAAUAAAAAUGACAUUUUUACUGUG